CCAAGCAACCAGCGCGAGCUCCUCGGCAGCAAUACAGUCCAAGCAACACCCCCACGGCGAUGGUGGCGCCGGCGCGGGGGCGGUUCGUGGUGCCGGAGCACAUCCGGGGCCACCACGACGCCGCCAUCGGCAACUUCGGGGUGCCCGACUACGGCGGCACGCUCACGGGCGUCGUGCUCUACCCGGACAAGAAGGCCACCGGAUGCACCGAGUUCCCGGCCAGGUUCAAGUCCACGUCCGGCCGCCCCGUCGUCCUCCUGCUCGAGAUUGAUCGAUUCCUGGCUUCGGCUAAUUCUCGCGGGGAAGACAUUGCUGAUGCGCGACUGUGCGAGCCUGAAUUGUCCGACGAUUUACGGUGCCACCGAAUUUAGUUUUUCCAUCGGUGAUGUGUUAACUGGGAAGGAAGCUACUGAUGGGAGUUAGUACUACUAAUAUAUUAGCCUAUUACGUACACAUGCUAAUUAAUUUAGUGCUAGUAGUAUUACUUUAAUCCUGUU